AAGAUGGCGACUUCGAACAAUCCGCGGAAAUUCAGCGAGAAGAUCGCGCUGCACAACCAGAAGCAAGCGGAGGAGACAGCGGCUUUCGAGGAGGUCAUGAAGGACCUGAGCCUGACGCGGGCCGCGCGGCUCCAGCUCCAGAAAUCCCAGUACCUGCAGCUGGGCCCGAGCCGUGGCCAGUACUACGGCGGGUCCCUGCCUAACGUGAACCAGAUUGGGAGCAGCACCGUGGAUCUGCCCUUCCAGCCCAGCGGAUUUCUGGGGGAGGCUCUGGCAGCGGCUCCAGUCUCUCUGACACCGUUCCAGUCCUCGGGCCUGGACACCAGCCGAACUACCCGGCACCAUGGGCUAGUGGACAGAGUGUACCGGGAGCGUGGCCGGCUGGGCUCCCCGCAUCGCCGACCCCUGUCAGUGGACAAACACGGAAGGCAGGUGGACAGCUGCCCAUAUGGCACCGUGUACCUCUCGCCACCUGCGGACACCAGCUGGAGAAGGACCAAUUCUGACUCCGCCCUGCACCAGAGCACAAUAACGCCCACCCAGCCAGAGCCCUUUACGGGUGGGUCCCAGGAUGCGCACCAGAAAAGAGUCUUGCUGUUAACAGUCCCGGGUAUGGAGGAGACCACAUCAGAGACAGACAAGAAUCUUUCCAAGCAAGGAUGGGACACCAAGAAGACGGGGCCCAGGCCCAAGUCCUGCGAGGUUCCUGGAAUCAACAUCUUUCCAUCCGCCGACCAGGAAAACACUACAGCCCUGAUCCCCGCCACCCACAACACGGGGGGCUCCCUGCCUGACCUGACCAACAUCCACUUCCCCUCCCCCCUCCCGACCCCGCUGGACCCCGAGGAGCCCACCUUCCCCGCGCUGAGCAGCUCCAGCAGCACCGGCAACCUGGCAGCCAACCUGACGCACCUGGGGAUCGGUGCUGCCGGCCAGGGGCUGAGCACGCCUGGCUCCUCACCGCAGCACCGGCCGGCCGGGGUCAGCCCACUGUCGCUGAGCACAGAGGCGAGGCGGCAGCAGGCCCAGCAGGUGUCGCCCACCCUGUCCCCGUUGUCACCCAUUACUCAGGCCGUGGCCAUGGACGCCCUGUCUCUGGAGCAGCAGCUGCCCUACGCGUUCUUCACCCAGGCGGGCUCUCAGCAGCCGCCGCCACCCCAGCCUCAGCCCCCGCCGCCCCCGCCGCCAGCCUCCCAGCAGCAGCCGCCCCCACAGCCCCCACAGGUGCCUGUCGGCCUCCCCCAGGGCGGCUCCCUGAUGCCGAGUGCCAGCCUGACACGGGGGCCCCAGCUGCCCCCACUCGCGGUCACGGUACCGUCCUCUCUCCCCCAGUCCCCCCCAGAGAACGCGGGCCAGUCACCGAUGGGGAUCGACAUUGCCUCGGCACCGGCUCUGCAGCAGUACCGCACUAGUGCCGGCUCCCCAGCCAACCAGUCUCCCACCUCGCCCGUCUCCAAUCAAGGCUUCUCCCCUGGGAGCUCCCCGCAACACUCUUCCACCCUGGGCGGCGUGUUUGGGGACUCAUUCUAUGAGCAGCAGAUGGCGGCCAGGCAGGCCAAUGCUUUGUCCCACCAGUUGGAGCAGUUCAACAUGAUGGAGAACGCCAUCAGCUCCAGCAGCCUGUACAGCCCAGGUUCGACGCUGAACUACUCCCAGGCGGCCAUGAUGGGCCUGACAGGCAGCCGCGGGAGCCUGCCGGACACGCAGCAGCUCGGCUACCCCAGCCACAGCAGCAUCCCCAACAUCAUCCUCACAGUGACAGGAGAGUCCCCUCCCAGCCUCUCUAAAGAACUGACCAGCACGCUGGCCGGGGUCGGUGAUGUCAGCUUCGACUCUGACAACCAGUUCCCCCUGGACGAACUCAAGAUUGAUCCCCUGACCCUGGAUGGACUGCACAUGCUCAAUGACCCAGAUAUGGUCCUGGCCGACCCGGCCACCGAGGACACCUUCCGGAUGGACCGUCUGUGAGCGGGUCGCGUGGCACAUGGCCGCCCAGCCCCCGGCUCUGUCACCCCGCCGGCCAGUGGUCCCGACGGCAUCGCCCCGAGCCUGGGGACAGCGGCGCUCCGUCCCUCGCAAACGGCCGAGCUUGUGAUUCUGAGCUUGCAAUGCCGCCAAGCGCCCCCUGCCCUACCCCCCCCAUCCCUCCACCCCGGUCGUUCACCUCCCGCGUGAGGCUGCGCGUCGUCGCCCCCGCGGACCCUCCCUGCUCUCUCAUCCCCUGUAAGAUGUGGAAAGCGUGCUGGGCAGGGCUGCCAGCCUCGGUGGGCACCAUGCUCCGCGACGGUGGUGGGCUGAGGUACAUCUUGCGACUGUUGUCCAGCUCUCACUGCCUUCCUCUGUCCCUGGUCCCCCUACCUGCCCGCGCCCCCAGCCCUUGGAUAGGUAGCGAGCCAGCCCCACCCUGCCAAAGGGAGAAAGUGCCAGAGAGAGGGGGGCGGACGUGAAGCGAAAUAAACACUAUUUGGACUGCUGUCUUUUAUAUUUCUGUGCACACACAGAACGCUAGCAUCCAUCACACGGAGGUGGGAUGCGGACGUGUGAACAGCACGGGGAGCCGCUAAGUCUCCUCCGGGGUCCCUGCCUCGCCCGCCCACCCCCCACCCUCCGGCCAGGCCCCUCUGCGGCCACCUGUGCUGUGAAACCCCACCCCAGCCUGCCCGGGCGCAUGUGGAGGCAGAUAUUUGGGGGGAGGUGCAACUUGUUUCCAUCUUUGUACUGUGGUCACUGUUUCUAUUAUUUAAAGAAUGGGGUGGGGAGGGGUGGCCAGGGCAUUUUUCGUUGCCCUUCUUUUCGUUUCUUUCGGUUUGUAUUUACAUUAUGGUUGUGGAUGAGGAACUGACCCCUCCAAG